CUAUAGAACAGUAGGACAUGUCUUUUAGUGAUGAUUUAAGGCUUAUGUUUUGGAAGGUAAUAUUGGGAAGAAGACAUCAGGCACUGGUUGUCGGUAGGAAAUGAAAGCUGAACGCCGCCGUUCUGAAAAGAAUAGUAGGAGAAUUGCUGGACCAGAAGAACGCCCUUAGAAACGGCACUAAUUUUAAUGCUGAGUGUUGCGGUUCCAUUUCUUGUUGCGAUUUCAACUGUGUACAUUGUAGUAAGUAACAAAAAUGAUACAACACAAUUAGCCUGUGAAGAGCACUGCCAUCAGAUUCGACAUCGUCAAAGGGGUGCAGUUGUCUUACCAAACAGUGCACUCUCGCGGAGUACCCCUACUUUUAAAAAAGAAGACGCUAUUGAAUUCAUCGCUUCUAUAACUCAAAAGGCCAGCAGUUCCGAUGUAUUCACCUUUCUAUGUACAGGUACCGUGAUAAACUUGCAUUGGGUACUCGGUAGUAUUACAUGCGACCAAACGGAACGACUACCAGGGGGAAACAUUGACGAUUUUUCGUAUUACGCCAGAGCUGGUUCUCUUAACUGGUUGGGUGGAGAUCUGCGGAAGGUACACAGCACAACAUCUGUUGGAUUACUCAUACUGUACAAAUUGGCAAUUCCAUUUGAGAAAGAUCGUGUUGUACCGGUACAUUUUCCUGGCGGAAAAUCAUACUUCGGCGAAGUUUCAAGUAUGGAAAUGUACCGAUGGAGAAUUGAGAAAGAUUAUAGCGCGGAAAACAUCCAAAAUGCCGAAUUAGAUCUGGAACACGUUAAAGAAACGGUAGUGCCGGAAUGUGAUGUUACUCCGAACGUACAUUGCUUUGUAAGCGAAGAAAAUCUCCCUUGCGGGGAUUUUAAAGGAGGUAUAGUGAUGAAAUCAAUGGUUAUAAUGGGCGUUGUCCUUCAACAGUAUUGUAAAGACGAUGGGAAUUACGUAACUGUUUAUGAUUUCUCGAAAGAUGUUCCCACUUUCAUUGAAAUGGGAAUUGAAUUAAUGCGCGAAGCCGAGGGUAAAGAUUGAGCAAUAACAAUACUGCCGUUAUAGAUCGAUAAAAAGGUAGGUGUUCCAAGAGAUUGGAAUGAAGUGUUCUCGAUUUUUGGGCAUGUUUGUUAUUUUGCAUUAUGUAUAGAUCUACUUGUUGCACUUUUAUCGUAAUAAAGAUUGAGAUACAACAGGUUUAUUUCAAUUAUAUUAGGUGAAAUUGAUUGCAGGUAAGUGUAGAUACGUUUUUGUUUAUUUGAAGGGAGUUCUAUGGGUAGGUACCCAUCGCACCUGCAAGUUAGUAAAAGAGACCAAAAAAUCGGCGAUAUCGCACAGAUAUUCAAAAAUAAUAAUUUAUUUAAUUAUUUAAUUUUACUCACAAAAAAAUAGUAUAUUGUU